AUGUCAACGACAUGGGACAGUUUGCCGCUUCUUCCUUUGAGAUGUGUUUUGCAACAUCUCAAUACGGAUGAUGCUCUGGCCGCCCUCUCAACCUGCCGUCACUGGAGGAGCGCCAUACUGUUAUUUGAGGGACACAAAGAAAAACUAACGCUGCGUAUAAGACAAUUCGAGAAAACACUGUUCCUAACGCGACUGUUCAGAAAACAUGUGAGAGUUAUACAUAUAUACAUAGACAACUAUGGAGAGGAUUUGGAAAAUUUUAUGAAUUACAUUCUACCACAGCUUAAUAUUGAACAUUUCAGAUUCUUCGAGGCUCAGAAUCUCCGUGAGUUAAUUUUCAUCGGUCCCAGCUACAUACAACAGAAUCCCAAUGAGUCUAUCGCGAAACUAAAUCGAAUAACAGCGGAAAGUCUUGUGUUUAAGAAUCUUCAUAGCUUACAGAAGCUAGCUUUAAUGGGAUGCGAAAUGACGAACGUUAAGUCGGAUAACGGGCGGUAUACGAAUAAACACGUGGAAUACUACUCGAGGCACCUGUCUUUCAAUACUAUCAGUUCAGCCGCGGACGCUAUUCUGUCCAGGUGUAACAUUGAUCUCAUGACCUGCUCUAAUUUACAGCACUUGAUAGUUGAUUACGAACAACUUAGUACGUCAGCGUUACAAACAGUGUGUGUGUUACGUGUGACGUUGAGCGUAACUAUGGGUUUAAGAUCUGGAGUACUUCCAGUAGUUGAUUGGACAGUGGCUGCUAGAUCGAGGAUCAGAAUCGCACUUAAUGUUGUGUCUGUGAAUCCAGAAGUAUUUGAUGUGAUCCUUCAUAAUGUAUUUGUGGAAGGCUUGCACCUAGUCUCUUUGAAGGCUAUGUUUUGUAAAACUUUACACACAGGCGUUCUUCAGCGAGCCGUUCGUCUCUACAAGUCGACUCUAACAGAGCUAGUAUGGGCGGACGCUCCUUAUGACUCUACAGAGUUCUUCCAACGCAUCAUCAAACAACACGCUGAUCCAGAAGAGAUGACAAUGUGCAACGUCAAUCCCCUUAUAUUGCUCUGUUGGCAAUGCACACAUCUAAGGAGGCUGGUUGUACAUGGUUACUGGGUGUGGCAGUACGAUCUAUUAGGUUUCGUUCGUCUUCGCAACUCAUCCUUACAAGAGCUUGAUAUAUCAGCUAUAUACAACCGACAGAGUCGCUUCAGUACCGCCAUCUGUAGUGAGAACGUUGUACGAGUGUUGACAAGAGAUGUUCAGAAACCAUUGGAGUCGGAAUUCAUUGAUUUGGUGAAUUCCGACACUCGUUUCCCAUGGCAGCCUACACCGUGGGAGAAGUUACACCCGGCGUUGAGAGCGGCCGCCACUAGUGAGGAAGUAGCUGACUACGUCACGAGGGAGAUACUGAAGGGCCCGUGA